UGGUUAUAAAUACACCCGCCCCUCCUUUUCCGCUCAGGCGCUGCUCGCUCUGUUCUCGAACCCUAAUCCACGGCGUCGACCGUUCGAUCUCUGCUUUGGCCAUCGAUUUGUGUGCGGAUCGCGGUCGGAGGGGAGGGAUGAAGCGGCUUAUCCGUCGGAUCGUAAGGGUGGCAGACGCGUCGCACUGCCGUGCGCCUGGGAAGGGGACUUCGGCGCCGCGUCGGCGUGUGCCGGGGGGCCACGUCCCAGUGUGCGUCGGCGAGGAGAUGGAGCGGUUCGCGGUGCGGGCGGAGCUCCUAGGCCGGCCGGCGUUCGUCGAGCUCCUCCGUCGGUCAGCGCAAGAGUAUGGCUACGCGCAGCGCGGCGUGCUGCGGAUCCACUGUCCCGUCCCGCUCUUCCGCCGCCUCCUCCUCCUCUCCUCGUCACCCGCCUCGUCUUCUUCUUACGAUCCGGCGUUAGAGGAGCUCUUCCGUGCACUGCCGGACAGUGACAGCGCCAGCUCCGCUUCUCCGAUCUGACCUUUCUCCUCCAUGGCUUUCGCUGCUUCUCGAUUGACACUGCCCUGGUUUUUCCCAACAUUUUGCCCUCCCCGGCCCUUGUGUAUAGGAGGAGAGCAUUUCCUGGAUACAGUGUUUCCUUCGCUUUUCUUUUAGUACUUCUGCGAGAAGUGAUUAUGCUUGAUGCGCAGUGAGGAACCACUUGAACUAGAUUAGAGCGCAUCAAAAUACAUGUAAUUUUGAGCUGAUCUAGGAAAAAAAAUCCUUCUUGUUGUCAA